AUGACCACCCUAGGUACUGCAGACCGCCUUGGCCCACAACCGCCAGAUAUACCUGACCCGGCCCUGGCUGUGUCUUCUUCAAUUGCGCCUAGUUCUUUGGACAUGUCUGCUCAGUCCCAGAUCCUCAGUGCUACCGAGCCCUAUACCCUGGACGGCUACUUCAGGUCCUCCCAUGCCGCCUACUCGAGCCAUACGCCUGGUUCGAAGCUGAGCUCUGUUUCUUCUGAAGAAGACGUUCCGCUUUCCAUGAGGUUCAUGCACAAGCCGCUGCGUUCCGGAGACCAGUUCCGCAAAGCCAGCGACCCUACAAGACGAAACCUGAUUGCCAAUGCCCACAUCGACGAUACCUCCCCGGCUCCUUCCCAUCCGGAUUCGGCUUCUCUGCUGCGGAGAGCCCUGAUGGACGGCUACCGCUUGGUCCGCAAGAAGCUGGGUGAGAUUGUGAAAAGUCUGCUCAAGGAAGGGACCUCCAGAUCAAAGUCUCUACCUUCGACGCCGUCAUUCAAGCUGGUUCAUUUUGGCGGCAAUGCCGAUAUUCGCUAUUUCUCCAAAAAAGACCGGCCCACAGCCAUUCUGGCUCUGAACUCACCUGCUCUCGUACCGGAUAGCGACGAUGACGAACUUUCCCAAGACUUCGAGUACUUUGACGAAGAGUUGAACUCCCACGUCGAUCCCCGCCGCUCCUCGGCCGCCAUCACCAAAUACCCUACACCCCAUCACGGUCGGCUCAUUGACUGGGAUGUGAAAGUCAUCAACUUCCCUUCAACGCUGCUUCACGACCGCAUAUCCGCCAUUAGGCCUCCUGUCUUCCUCGAAAGGGUCUUUGUCUCUAUCGACAAGCGCUUCCUCUUGGGCCACAUCGCCGUCAGCAACAUCGCCUAUGAAAAGACCGUCACGGUACGUUAUACCUUGGACAAGUGGGCCACCAUUGUCGAGAUUCCAACUAUCUAUGUACCCGAUAUUCCGGUGUCUUUGCGUAAAAAUAACUACGACCGGUUUGUCUUCAAGAUUCCGCUUGAUUCCAUGUUCAACUCUUUCCACACGAGAGACAACUCAGAUCUGUUCACCAGAGAGCAUCUGAAACUGUACCACUUGUGCAUCCGCUACUCUGUCCCUGGACACGAAUUCUGGGAUAACAAUGGUGGAAAGGACUACCUGAUCAAGAUCAAAAAGACGAUCCGCUCCGGCGAGCAGCUGGCUGGUCCAGACUUUGUCGCUGACGAUAAAAAGCAAACUCCUCGGCUUCGUGGAGGUGGCAUGGUUCCUCCCAAAACGGCUCGCUCAAAGCCGGAGGCACACAGCCAAAGGCCAAAAUACUCAUCCCAUUACUUGAAGCGGUUCAAUUCGGAACCAAACUUGAAGACCCUGGAUCCCAAAGAUAAGCCGGCUGAAAAGAACGAUUUUGAGAGCAAUGGGUUCUACCUUUCCUCGCCUUUGUUCUCCAGCAUCAAAAAUAAUCGUGGCGACGCACUCUAUGACGAUCAAGACAAUCUCAAGGGCCACUCAGGACAUCGUUAUCUGCACAAGACGCUUAAUUCUGAUAAGAAUAAGCAUCAUUCUCGGCAUCCUCAACAUUUCGAUCUGAUCGCAACAGAUCUGACAUUGGUGGCUGAUGACCCAUCUCCUAUGGAAGGUGUGGUCCCUUCUCAUCAAUUGCACGAUGAACCCUCCGUUCGUCUUUCCGACAACAUUCUGAGCCCUAUUAAUCUGAAGUCUUAUAAGGAGCUUUUGGAAUCGUAUUGCUUCUUCACUUCCCCCUCAAGUGAGGCUUCCACCGAUGCUACGCUGACAACACUUUCGCAGUUGGAUCCGAAGCAGGUUGGACCCGAAAGAUGUUCGGACAACGACAGUGCUUUCACCGUAUCCUCAUUUUUACGGAAAUGA